UGGACGGCUUCGGUGUAGUCACGCCUCUUUGGACCCUCAUUCAGAGUGAGACAGAGACCAGCGAACGCCAAGCAACUUCUCUUUUCGUUGUUUACCGUCUACAACAGUCUUCGAUUGUUUUCUUUGGCUCGUGCACAUUUGCUAACGUAUCCUUUGAGUGUCCCACCGUCAGCAUGUCCUCAGACGCAUCCUCCCCUGUGAAGUCCACCACCCCUCCUCUGUCCCCGCUGUCUCCUGUCUCUCCGGUUUCCCCCAGCUCUCUGCGUCUGCCUGCCUGCCGCCAAAGAGAGCGGUCACCCUCCCCCAUGAGGGGCUACCUGAUUCCCAGCCCCCUGCCCACCCGCCGCAACCGCACCUGCUCAGCUGCAGCGCGUGCAGCCGAGGGGCCGGUCUUCACUGGGGUCUGCAAGUGCUUUUCACGUUCCAAAGGACACGGUUUCAUCACGCCAUCAGACGGAGGCAAUGACAUCUUUGUGCACAUAUCUGACAUCGAUGGGGAAUAUGUGCCAAUGGAAGGAGAUGAAGUUAGCUACAAGAUCUGCUCUAUUCCUCCCAAACAUGAGAAGAUCCAGGCCGUGGAGGUGACCAUUACUCAUUUAGCACCAGGCACGAAGCAUGAGACCUGGUCUGGAGCGGUGGUUGAAACAUGAGAUCCUCGCUUAACUCUGAACUGUGUGAUAGUGAUGUUAAAAUGAGUUUCUGUUCCUUUCCUGUUGGGUUUGGGGUGGGAACGGGGCUGAAUUAUCUCUAAGUGCUGUGUAACAUGACGCCAUAAUUCCAAGAAAAAUACAAAAAUACUGCAUCUGUUUUUCCCCCUUUCUUUCUUUGGGCCCAGGAGGGGAGUUUGUUUAAAAUUCUCUAUUAUUGGGUUUGUGGUUAAUAAUGUGGAAUGAACAGCAGUCAGUUAUACUUACGCUAACCAUCUGUGAAUCGAAGAACUGACUGCAAAAUCUUAACAAGCUUCAUCGCAUAACUAAAUUGCUAAAAUAUGUAGAUUUCCAAUUUUUUUUCACUGGAAAAAAAAGGCUGUCUAUACAUUGUGAAAAUCUAUCAUUUAGAUCAUUUCUCAUGUGCAUGUGUGUUUCUUGGUCAUUUUGGUUCAGUCAAGAACAAUAAAAGAUUCAUCAAAAUGUCA